AUGUUCCAAAAAGCCGCUGUUCUAACACGACUGGUUGCGUCCUCGGUAAAAAUAGCUCAGAAGGCCGGAAACGUCAUAAAAGUAAAUAUUAUAAACAUUUUUUCUUUUAGGUAAUAUUAUCUGACAAGAUAACUAAAGUUCACUUUAGGCAGUAACUGCGACCGCGGACUUGAAGAUCGUGGACAAAGGGAAGAAUGGAGAACUGGACAUUCAGACAGAAGCGGAUCGUUCAGCCCAAUAUUGUAUUGAGAAGUCGCUGCAGACCAAGUUUGACAACAAGUUAGUGAUCAUAGGCGAAGAAGAGGUAACGAGUGCCGUUCCUGAUCUCGAGUUGGAUGUUGACGGUGAUGUCCUGAAGCUAGACGGAAAGUUGACUGGAGAACUGCGAGAUGCCAAGCUAGAAGACUUUGUAGUUUGGGUGGAUCCUUUAGAUGGAACUUCGGAAUUUGCCAAGGCGGUUAAAACAAUGUCAGGUAUGUUAUUAUUGUUUGUUUAUUGUUGCUUUCAGACGUAUUGGUUCAGGUGACGGUGUUGAUUGGUAUCUGUUAUAAAGGACGUUCAGUUGGUGGUGUCAUCCAUCAGCCAUUUUAUGGAAAUAACGGUAGAACCAUCUGGGGAAUUGUUGGCGUCGGCACUUAUGGUGUACAUGUUUUGAAAGGUAUGUCAUACUGUAUUUGUAAGUAAGGCAUCCUGUCUUUGUAAGUAAUUAAGUGCCUGAAGAUAAGGUAAUAUACUUAUCAUAAAGUUAUCUUUAAUAAUAAAAUUUACAGAUUCAAUAUUCAUAAUUUGUUUUUAGCUACCGAAAAGAAAGUCAUCGUGACAACGCGAAGCCAUCUCACUCCUCAAGUUACUCGAGCUUUAGAUACCUUGAAAGGAAAGGGUCUUUGUGAUGAAGUGAAACAAGUUGGAGGUGCUGGAUUCAAGGUGCUUCAGUGUCUCGACGGUGCUACUGCUUACGUGUUCGCCAGUGCGGGAUGCAAGAAGUGGGAUACAGCAGGACCUGAAGCUUGUCUUCGAGCAGCUGGAGGCGAUCUGACUGAUAUCAGCGGCCGAAAUUUGUGUUACGACGCCCACGUUCAACAUCUGAACUCUGGAGGAGUACUGGCAACAGCUCCGGGUGUGUCACAUGCUGACUACGUGAAUGCCAUCACAGAUGAUCUAAAGAAGGAACUGCCAGAAAUAGUCUCGAAACAGUAG